CAGUUUUAUUUUGACACUUCCGGCCCGAGCUGUCUUCCUCUAACAGGUGUAUAUUUUUGUCUUAUUGUGAAAGUAUUGGGCGGAAGUUACGUAGUGAGUGACCACUGUGAGGAAUCUUGUGUCGGUGCUGCGGAGCCACGGACUGUCUGUGACGAUAGAAGCAGCGUAAUGUAAGGCGAUGCUCGCUCGGCCACCAUGGCCAGUGUCACGUUGCGGUACUUCUGUUACGGCUGCUUCGUCACCUCGGUCACAUGGUCCGUCCUCCUCUUCCUCUACUUCUCUCUGGGGGCGGAGCCCGGCGACGGCAGGACCCCGCUGCAGCACCGCAGCCAUCCAAUCACCAGAGACCUGGCGGACUGGAGGGCGGGGCGGCGGCCUAUGCCGGCCAAUAAGGGAGUGGAGCUGUCACCGGAGAUGGGGAUGAUCUUUAACGAGGCGGACCAGGAAGUCCGAGACACCGGUUACCACCGACAUGCCUUCAACGUCCUGAUCUCCCGACGACUGGGUCACCACCGGGAGCUGCCCGACACCAGAGACCCGCAGUGUCGGGAGAAGAUCUAUCCUCUGGCUCUUCCUUCCGCCAGCGUCGUGAUCUGUUUCUUCAACGAGGCGUUCUCCGCCCUUCUCCGGACCGUCCACAGCGUGUUGGAUCGGACGCCGGCCUACCUGCUGCACGAGGUCAUCCUGGUCGACGACCACAGUGAGCUUGACGAGCUGAAGGACGAUCUGGAUCGGUACGUGGGGGCGGAGCUUCAGGGGAAGGUCAGAGUGGUGAGGAACCAGCGGAGGGAAGGACUCAUCAGAGGACGCAUGAUCGGAGCGUCUCAUGCGACUGGUGAGGUGCUUGUCUUCCUGGACAGUCACUGUGAGGUGAACCAGGCGUGGCUGCCGCCGCUGCUCGCCCCGCUGCAGAGGGACCGCCGCACCGUCGUCUGCCCCGUCAUCGACAUCAUCUCAGCCGACACGCUUGCAUACUCGCCCUCGCCCGUCGUCAGGGGCGGCUUCAACUGGGGGCUGCAUUUCAAGUGGGACCCUGUCCCCCCCAACGAGCUCAACGGGCCCGAGGGCGCUACGGGACCCAUCAGGUCUCCCACCAUGGCGGGCGGUCUGUUCGCCAUGAACAGGAAGUACUUCAACGAGCUCGGCCAAUAUGACUCCGGCAUGGACAUCUGGGGCGGUGAGAACCUGGAGAUCUCCUUCAGGAUCUGGAUGUGCGGUGGGCAACUGCUCAUCAUCCCGUGCUCCCGGGUCGGACACAUCUUCAGGAAGCGGCGUCCCUACGGGUCACCGGGGGGUCAGGACACCAUGGCCCACAACUCCCUGCGGCUGGCGCAUGUGUGGAUGGACGAGUACAAGGAGCAGUAUCUGUCCCUGCGUCCGGAGCUGCGUGAGCGCAGUUUUGGCGACGUCGGCGAGCGCGUGGCACUGAGGCGGCGGCUGCAGUGUCACUCGUUCCGUUGGUACCUGGACACCGUCUACCCCGAGAUGCAGGCUGUCGCCAACGGCAACAAGCAGCCGCCGCUGUUCGUCAACAAGGGUCUGCGGCGUCCAGCGGUGCUGCAGCGAGGACGGCUUCGUAACCUAGCAACCAGCCGUUGUCUGGUGGCCCAGGGUCGAGUCAGUCAGAAGGGCGGAGCCGUCGUCCUGCGGCCGUGUGACCCCCGCGACCCCGAACAGGACUGGGCCUACGACGAGGAGGGUCAGCUGGUGCUGGCAGGUCUGCUGUGUCUGGACGUGUCAGAGGUCAGGACCUUUGACCCCCCCAGACUGAUGAAGUGUCAUGGCUCAGGAGGGUCACAGCAGUGGAGCCUGGGGAAGUCGACCCGACUCUACCAGGUGUCUGUGGGUCAGUGUCUGUCUGUUGUUCAGCCCGUCGGACCUAAAGGUUACGUCUCCAUGGCGAUAUGUGAUGCCUCCCAGGCACAGCAGUGGCAGCUGGAGGGCUGAGUCCCGCCCCCAGGUGACAGACAGGCAGCUACAGGAAGUCCCGCCUCCGGGUGACGGACAGUCGGGCCUCGUCGUUUCGUGUCUGUGGUCUUGAGUUUUUAGUUUUUCUUCUCAGGACGAUUUUAAUUUUUGAUUUUAAUGUUUUUUUCUCAUUGUGUGUUUCCACCUGGAAAAGUCCUGGAACACCUGAAGAAUGUUUGCAGGCUCAUGACGACUGGACUUUAAAGGUAUUUAUUGUAUUUUAAAAACUUUUCAACAUGUCUGAGGUCAGGACCUGGACCUGGACCUGGAACUCCCUGACUGUAUUGCAGCAUCUGAAUUUUAAAGUUUGUGUCAUUUCAUGGUUAAUAAAUCAUCAGUUUGA